AGUACCUGCACCCUUAGCAGUUCGGAGUUGCCUUCUGUUUUCCGUUAGCGCUUCGCUGCAGGGACAAAUGCAUACAAAUGCAUUUAGGAGCCCACAGGACAAGGCGUGGAAAGGUCUCCCACACGGCAAAAACGAAACUGCUUCUUCAUUUUAUUGUGCUAUGUGUGGCAGGAGGUGCUGUUCGUGCACAAGAACAAGGCAUAGAUAUUCUUCAUCAGCUAGGCCUUGGAGGCAAAGAUGUAAGACAUUCAUCAUCAGUGACUGCUGUACCGUCAUCACCUACACCAUUACCUCAGGGGUUCCAUUUAACAGAAUCAGGUGUCAUUUUAACAAAUGAUGCUUACAUUGAGUCACCUCUCUUGAAAAUUUUACCAGUCAACUUAGAACAGCCAUUUACAAUAUUAAUUGGGUUGCAGUCACAUAGAGUAAACAAUGCAUUUCUCUUCAGCAUUAGAAAUAAAAAUAGACUGCAAUUAGGAGUGCAAUUAUUACCUAAAAAAUUAGUAGUAUACCUUGGAGGAAAGCAGUCUGUAUUUUUCAACUACAGUUUUCACAAUGAGCGAUGGCACUCAUUUGCUAUUACUAUUAGAAACCAAGUUGUCUCAAUGUUUGUUGAGUGUGGAAAGAAAUAUUUUAGCAGAGAGACUCUUUUGGAAGUUCAGACUUUUGAUUCUAACAGUGUGUUUACCUUAGGAAGUAUGAAUAAUAAUUCUGUACAUUUUGAAGGAAUAGUAUGUCAGUUGGAUAUUAUUCCUUCUGCAGAAGCAUCUGCAGAUUAUUGCAAAUAUGUGAAGCAGCAUUGUCGCCCUGAGAUAAGCCUUCUUCAUACAACCAUCGUACCAGCUGAGAUACUGGAAAACUCUCCUUUGCCCAAACAAUUUGGCGAAAAAUUGCUGUCAGAGGACACAUUUACCAAAGGCAAAAGCAUCCCAAAUAUCGUAAAUAAUGAUUCUGCCACAGUCCGUAAACAACAAGGACACCAGAUAUCAAAAUCUCAGUCAACCUCUCUUCAUUCAAGCAAUGUCUCUGCUGUGGAUCUUGUAAACCAUGGAAUUCAGGCCAAAGAAAUGAUCACUGAGGAACAUACUCAGACAAAUUUAAGCCUGUCAGUGACCCAUCAUCUCAAUAAGGCGAGAACAAAUAGCAAGGAGAAAUUUAGUUCUCUCCCAAAUGUGUCUGACAAUAUCACACAGCAUAAUGAUAGAGUAACUGGUUUGUCACCAUUUAAGAAGAUAUCAUCUGUUCUUCCACAUAUGAAACAAGAAACAAUUACUAAUCUCAAGAAGGCUAUCACAGCAAAUCUACACACUAAUGAACUCAUGGAACUACACCAGAUUUUAAACACAACCUUAUACAGAGUGACAGAUGAGCCGGCUGUGGACAAUCACCUUGACCUGAGGACAGAAGGUGAAUUUGAUCCUGACGCUACCUACCCCAUCGAAAGUACCUAUGAGACUGAACUUUAUGAUUAUUAUUAUUAUUAUGAGGAUCUUAAUACAAUGCUCGAAAUGGAGACUCUAAGAGGGCCAAAAGGGGACACUGGACCUCCCGGUCCACCAGGUCUAGCAGGUAUUCCAGGUCCAUCAGGAAAGAGAGGUCCACGGGGCAUACCAGGGCCACAUGGAAAUCCUGGGUUACCUGGAUUGCCAGGUCCAAAGGGCACCAAAGGAGAUCCAGGAUUUUCCCCUGGUCAAGCUGUUCCUGGAGAAAAGGGCAAUCAAGGCCUUUCUGGAUUAAUGGGGCCCCCUGGUAUGCAAGGUAGUAAGGGACUCAAAGGCUAUCCAGGGCUCCCAGGACUCCAAGGUGAACCAGGAAUUCUAGGAUUCACUGGUAAUAUUGGUUCACGUGGUUACCCUGGCAGGCAGGGUUUAGCUGGACCAGAAGGUAAUCCAGGUCCUAAAGGUGUACGAGGUUUUAUUGGCUCUCCUGGAGAAGUGGGACAACUGGGACCUGAAGGAGAAAGAGGUGUUCCUGGGAUCCGGGGAAAGAGGGGUCUUAAGGGAAGACAGGGUUUUCCGGGUGACUUUGGAGACAGAGGCCCUGCUGGCCCUGAUGGCAGUCCUGGACUUGUAGGUAGCAUUGGUCCUCCGGGAUUUCCUGGGCUUAGAGGCAGUAUUGGCCCUAUUGGACCAUUUGGACCUUCUGGAACUCCUGGCCCGAUGGGUCUUUCCGGGAGUAAGGGCCUACCUGGAAUCAAAGGUGAUAAGGGUGAACAAGGCAUUACAGGAGAGCCAGGAGAACUAGGGUAUCCUGGAGACAAGGGUGCUGUUGGUGUUCCAGGACCACCAGGGAUCAGAGGAAAGCCAGGACCUUCAGGCCAGAUAGGUGACCCGGGACCCCAAGGACCAUGUGGCCCUCCAGGACCAGAGGGUUUUCCAGGAGAUAUUGGGAUUCCUGGACAAAAUGGCCCUGAAGGAUCAAAGGGACUCCUUGGAAAUAGGGGGCCUCCUGGACCACCUGGUCUCAAAGGACUUCAGGGAGAAGAAGGACCAGUUGGACCCUUUGGAGAACUGGGGCCAAAAGGAAAACCUGGUCAAAAGGGUUUUGCAGGUGAACCAGGACCAGAAGGCUUAAAGGGCGAAGUAGGAGAUCAAGGAAACAUUGGAAAGAUUGGUGAAACAGGACCUGCUGGUUUACCUGGAGAAGUUGGGACUACUGGAAGCAUUGGUGAAAAGGGAGAACGUGGAAGUCCAGGUCCACUAGGUCCCCAGGGGGAAAAGGGUGUUAUGGGAUAUCCAGGUUCUCCUGGGGAUCCAGGACCCAUUGGUCCACUGGGAUUACCUGGUCAUGUGGGGGCAAGAGGACCACCUGGGAGUCAAGGUCCUAAAGGACAAAGAGGACCAAGAGGACCAGAUGGUCUCUUAGGGGAACAAGGUAUACAAGGUGCCAAGGGUGAAAAAGGAGAUCAAGGAAAAAGAGGGCCUUAUGGUCUUAUUGGUAAGACUGGAAACCCCGGAGAGAGAGGAGUUCAAGGGAAACCAGGACCACGAGGAUUGCAAGGUGAUGCUGGGCCUCCUGGAGAAAUGGGUGCUGAGGGACCUUCAGGUAUUGAGGGAGACUCUGGUCUGCAAGGUGAACCAGGUGCAAAGGGAAAUGUUGGACCUGCAGGCAAUGUUGGAGUUGCUGGAGAACCAGGGUUACGGGGUGAACCAGGAGCUCCUGGAGAAGAAGGUCUCCAAGGAAAAGAUGGAUUAAAGGGGAACCCUGGAGGAAGGGGUCUUCCCGGAGAGGAUGGAGAAAAAGGAGAGACAGGCUUACCAGGGGCUUCAGGGCCCUUGGGUAGACCAGGUCUAAUGGGCCCUCCGGGAACUGAAGGAAUUGUGGGAAUUCCAGGACAAAGAGGUCGUCCAGGGAAAAAGGGUGAUAAAGGACAAACAGGGCACACAGGAGAAAUUGGAAGCAGAGGUGCUCCUGGACAAAAUGGGGAAAGUGGUCCUAAGGGUGCCAGAGGAACUAGAGGUGCUGUGGGACACUUAGGAUUGAUGGGACCUCAUGGAGAACCAGGAAUUCCAGGAUAUAGGGGCCAUCAGGGUCAACCAGGACUUUCUGGGUUGCCAGGACCUAAAGGAGAAAAGGGUUAUCCAGGAGAAGAUAGCACAGUACUAGGACCACCUGGGCCUCGAGGUGAACCAGGUCCAGUUGGGGAACAAGGAGAGAGAGGAGAGCCUGGAGCAGAGGGCUAUAAGGGUCAUGUGGGUUUACCAGGACCAAGAGGUGCUGCUGGACAACAAGGGCCCCCAGGUGAGCCAGGUGACCAGGGUGAAGGAGGACUAAAAGGAGAGAGAGGAUCUGAAGGCCCUAGGGGGAAAAAAGGAGCUCCUGGUCCUUCUGGGAAACCUGGGAUUCCUGGUCUUCCUGGCCUACCUGGGCCAAAAGGCAUGCAAGGAUACCAGGGAGCUGAUGGCAUUUCAGGAAACUCUGGAAAAGUUGGGCUACCAGGAAAACAGGGACUGCCUGGCACCAGAGGCAGCCCAGGAAGAACGGGACUGGCGGGGUCUCCAGGUCCUCGAGGAGCCAAGGGCUCAUCAGGCCUUCCAGGAAGCCCAGGGGUUCCAGGCCCAAAGGGUGAGCAAGGACUACCUGGUCAACCUGGCAUUCAAGGUAAAAGAGGUCACCGAGGAGCACAAGGUGAUCAAGGACCAUGUGGAGAGCCUGGUCUGAAAGGGCAGCCUGGAGAACAUGGUGUUCAAGGUUUGACAGGUUUCCAAGGAUUCCCAGGCCCCAGAGGUCCUGAGGGAGAUGUUGGCAUUGUUGGAAUAUCAGGUCCUAAAGGUCCUAUUGGGCAGAGAGGAAACACUGGCCCCUUUGGCAAAGAAGGUAUAAUAGGCCCAACAGGUAGAACUGGACCCAGAGGUGAAAAAGGCGUUAGAGGUGAAACUGGUCCCCAAGGGCCAAGAGGUCAACCAGGGCCUCCAGGUCCACCUGGAGCACCAGGCCCAAGGAAACAAAUGGAUAUCAAUGCUGCUAUUCAAGCCUUGAUUGAAUCACAUACUGCCCUACAGAUGGAGAGCUACCAGAAUACCGAAGUGACUUUAAUUGACUACAGUGCAGAGAUAUUCAAAACCCUGAACUACCUUAGCAAUUUACUGCACAGCAUCAAGAAUCCUCUUGGCACACGAGAUAACCCAGCACGAAUCUGUAAAGAUUUGCUUAACUGUGAACACAAAGUAUCAGAUGGUAAGUUCUUGUUGGAGUUUGGAGUUGGAAAAGUCCAGAUGAACUUCCUUCACUUACUGAGCUCAGAAGCCACCCACAUGAUCACCAUUCACUGUCUAAACACGCCAGCGUGGACAAGUGCUCAGUCAAAUGGCUCAGGAUUGCCUAUUGGCUUCAAGGGAUGGAAUGGCCAGAUUUUUGAAGAAAACACUCUACUUGAACCUAAAGUGCUUUCAGAUGACUGCAAGAUUCAAGAUGGCAGGUGGCAUAAGGCAAAAUUCCUUUUUCACACCCAGGACCCUAAUCAGCUUCCAGUAACUGAAGUACAAAAACUUCCUCAUCUCAAAACCCAGAGGAAGUACUACAUGGAAAGCAGUUCCGUAUGCUUUCUCUAAGGUUUCUGAAUUAGUUCAGAAUUCGUGCUGUUGGCCAGGUAAUUGCUGCAGAGGGAAAAAUUCAGACAGAAAGAUACUAUCAUUGUGAAAGGCAUGGAAUAAAGCAUUGGCUAAAUCUUAAAGAAUCUCAGGAAGAAAAGAUUUCCUCCUAAGAAGGAGAAAAGGCAUUUUUUAAAGGACUAUAAUUGAUAAAGUAUUUAAUUCUUUAAAAAAGUAUAUGGAUCUGAGCUUUCUUAGAGAAUUCCCUAGAACUGAAAAUUUAUAAGCAUGGAAUUCUUCAGGGUAUCCUCUAUUUUUUGACUGAGAGCGAAGUACCCAUUAGACAGCUGGAGAUGCAGAGCACUGUGGAGCAAUACUGGCUAAUGCUUCCAAAUGUGCAAUGCUUCUGUCUAAAAAUUACAAGCCACAGUCUAACAUGUCUUAUUUUCCCAAACACUAAGCUGUAUUCAGGUCCCCAAUGGGCAUAUACAUCUUAGCCGGUGGUGCACUACCUCUUACGUGUUGCCUUUUUGUGUUGCUCGGUGCUCUUUCUGAAACAAGGUGCUUGUGGCUUUCAGAGACUAUUUUGUUUCUUUUUUCGUCUUUGUCAUUCUUUAAGAGUGUAUGUACUGGUUACAUCAAGAUGUGUUUUGGUUGUUAGUACUUAUUUUAAUUUGUUUGGCUACAUACUUAAUAGCAAGUAAGACACUAUUUAUGUGAAGUCCUUGUUCUAUUUUAAAAUUCUCUUCGUGGAUAUGGAAUCAAAGCCAGCACACUGUCAUCACCUGUGCUCACGGACAAGAGAAUUGGGAGGUUUCUUUUGUUUUUAUUUUUUAAAUUGCUGUAAAAAAUAUUACAGGCCAGCUACUUCCAGUAGUAGGUUUGGGUUAGAGUUUGGGGUUGUGAUAUACUAUUUUUAAAAAUCCAUGAUCAUCUGGAAUGAUACUAUGUAUAUAUAUAUUUUGUGAAGUUCUAAUUCAGCGAAUCUUUUGAAAUUGCUGCUUUUAAAUUAUAAAAACCAUUAUUUCUGCUUCAUAGGAAUUACAUGUUUUGUAGUAUUCAUUGAUUUUAUUUCACUAUUCUUAAAUUUACUGUGUUGGGACCUAAAAGAAUUCAAUUUGCCAGUCUUUAAAGCAACAUUCAGGAAAAAAAAAAGUCUUUAGCCAUUUAAAAUAGGCUCAGCCCAUUCAGACUUUCCUUGUCAGAGAAGUGCUAGUUCAGUAUUAAAAGAAAAAUAUUAUACCUUUUGGUAUAUAGAAAAGCUUGUACAUCCAUUAUAAACAUAUCUUUAGCCACAGCAAACCACACUUACCUAUCUAUAAUAAAAAUGUGCUUUAAAUCUUUU